GCAAAACGCCGCCCCACCCAAGGCCAAUCUUACCCCAUAUUCGCACAGUUCCUAAUGGCUCAGCAGGUUCAUUCCCGUGAUAUUUCGCACCAGAAUAACAACCUACCGCAAAAAUGCUGCUCAUGCGCACCCAGUUGGGUCAAGACUUUCUUGAUUUUCUUUACGUCCAUUAUCCUAACUUGGAUUUAUAUCAGUACUGGUAGGGGAGGUAGCGUACAUAAACCACUUCGCGCUUUUUGUCGUUGGAGCACUCUUGAUUGCUACGUGUAUUUUCGGAUAUUUCGCUGUCUCGAGUCGAAAUCGAUUAAUGCUAUUUAUGCUUGGCUCCUUUUAUUAGUUAUUCUAUUACAAGUCGGGACUGGUGUCUUAGCUCUAUUGUACCACCAGGUCGUCUAUGAAUGGCUUGCCGAUCGUUUGACGUACACCAUGACGUCCUAUUAUUAUAGUAACAAGGAAAUCACAAAAUCAGUCGAUAAGUUGCACGGCGCCCUGAACUGCUGUGGCUCCAGGUCUUAUAGGGACUGGUCCGAAAGUGUUUACCUCACCAAGAUACAUGAGCUAGACCAAUCAGAGUCCUCCGGUGGUGAGAGAUCAGUAUACUUAUUUGACCAUAAUUCAACAAGAGUGCCAGACUCCUGCUGCAGGGGAUCAAGACCCUACUGUGGGAGAUUAGCCCAUCCAUCGAAUAUCCACUACCAGUAUCGGCUCCGAACCGUUCUCGGCCGCAUCGGAUCACAACUUAACAAUUUACAGGGUUGUAUGCAAGGGAUGUAUGAAAGACUCAAGGAACACCUGUUCGUGAUUUUCGUAGUGAUAUUUGCCCUGGUAACAGUCGAGGUGAGAUUGUAG